AAAUAAUAAAUCAUACUUGAGGCUGUUCCUAAAAAGUUUAAACUUCAAUAUUUGAAUGCUUUUUUAGAAAAUAUCAUAUUUGAUCGGCGGACAAUCGAUUCGAUUUCGAUAAAUUUCAAUUACGUGCAGGGGAUUCUUCGGCAGCCGUAAGCGGGGGCGCGACCAUCUGGCAACGCCGCGCCCAGGUGUCAACAACUGUCGUCGGGGAACGGGGGGGACUGUGCGAAUCCAAAAUGAAUUAAGCGGAUAGCGAGAGGAAAACAAACAAAAACAAGUGUCAUAAUCCUAUCCAGAGAACUCGGAGAUAAUGUCGAGCGAUGAACUGUAUCGCGAAAAGUACUCUAGUUCGCGCCAUCAGCGCCAGCAAACGCCCUUGAACACCUCCGCGCUGCACUGGCAGCGGCAGCAGUAUGGCUACGAGCUGGACGAGCUGCUCCGCCGGCGUCUCCUGGCCUCACCCGCCUACGUGGACAGGUUGGAGCAGGAGGCGCUGCUCGCUGGCCAUGAGGGAUGCGUCAAUUGCCUGGAAUGGUCGACGGACGGGCUCUGGCUGGCCUCCGGUUCCGAUGACUUUCGUGUGAUGAUCUGGGAUCCGUUCCGGAAGAAGCGCGUCCAUGUGAUCGCCACAAAGCACCUGGGAAACAUGUUCUCGGUGAAGUUCCUGCCCAAGCACAACAAUAACAUCGUGGCGACGUGUGCGGCGGACAAGUUCAUUUACGUCUAUGACAUCAAUCACUCUAACGAAACGCUCUUCUCCUGCAACUGCCACCUGAUGCGGGCCAAGCGUCUGGCCACGGUCCAGGACUCGCCCUACAUCUUCUGGUCGGCGGGCGAGGAUGGGUGCAUCCUGCAGCUGGACAUGCGAGAGCCCCACCACUGUCGUCCGGAGGAUGGCAAUGGUGUGCGGCUCCUUCGACUGGGCAAUCAGGUGGACGGAACCACGGAGGCCAAGUGCCUAGCCAUUAAUCCUAUGCGGACAGAAUACUUGGCCGUGGGUGCCAAUGACCCCUUUGCACGUAUCUACGAUAGGCGCAAGCUGCCCUCCAGCAGCGGGAAUGAUCUCUCGGCUUGUGUGGCCUACUACGCUCCCGGGCAGAUUGUGAAGAACGUCACCCGGUCCAUUGUCCACGAGUCCCGGGCCAUUACUUAUCUCACCUUCAAUGGCAACGGCACGGAGCUCCUGGUCAACAUGGGCUGCGAGCACAUCUACCGCUACGAUCUGAACAGUGCCGCGCCUCCGGUUUUCUACGAACCACUUGACUUCACAUCGCUCGACGAGGAAGUGGAGGUGGAGCAGGUGAAGACGCCCCACAGGAGCCGCCGCCUGCCGUCCAGCAUAGAGGUGCUCAAGAAGCAGGGCAACGAGUUCCUGGAGAACGGCAAGUUAGUGGCCGCCAUCGAUGCGUACUCUGCCGCCUUGGCCAAGUACCCGCAGGGAGAGGUGUUGUAUCUAAACAGAGCCACGGCUCUGAUGCGACGCGGCUGGUUCGGUGAUAUAUAUGCAGCUGUGAGGGAUUGUCAUGAGGCCCUGCGCCUGGAUCCAGGCUAUGUAAAGGCUCACUUCCGUCUGGCCAGGGCUCUGCUGGAGCUGCAUCGUCCCUAUGACGCGAACGAUUGCCUGCAGGACUUAAUCCACCGGUUUCCCAGCUUUGCCAACAAUCACGGCGUGCUGACACUGAACAAGGACAUCAAGGAGAACCGACGGCAGUUACAGAACACCGAGCCCGUGGCCAUGGAGGAUGGCUUCCGCUAUAUGCGUAUCUCAGACGCCGAAUACGAUCUCCGCUCAACGGCCAGGGACUAUAUGCAGCGGUAUGUGGGCCAUUGUAACAUCACAACGGACAUCAAGGAGGCCAACUAUCUUGGCAGCCAGGGUGAGUUCAUUGCCGCCGGCUCAGAUGAUGGCAACUUCUACAUUUGGGAGGGCGAUACGGGCAAAAUCCGGGCCGUUUAUCGGGCCGACAGCGCCAUUGUCAAUUGCGUGCAACCGCAUCCGAGCAUCUGCAUGGUGGCCACCAGUGGGAUCGAUCAUGACAUCAAGAUCUGGUCACCGUGCGCCGCCAGUGCCGAGGAGCGGCCCAAUCUGGUGGCGGAUGUGACGCGAUAUGUGGAGGAUAAUCAGCAGAAGAUGCGGACCGAUCCAUUCGAACUGAAUACGCGCAACGCGUACUGUUUCAACAACUAAGAACUGUAGCGCAAUGUGAACCUAGAUCCCGAGUCCACAGCGUCAGCGAUAGAUACAUCUGGCAAUAUAUCAAAUAUUAGCGUAACUUAUACUGUAAGCGAACAUAUUUUUGUUAAUUUGUAAUCGUAACUACUGUGCACGCAGAUGAGUUCGAUGGGAGAUCUAAUGGAUGAGUGUGUUACGAAGUACCAUAGAAAUAAAUGUGGAGAGAUUCCAUUGAAAACAA